GACCCUCUCCACGACCGAGCCCAUCUAGUCGGAGACCUUCAACAAUUGCAGAGCUCUCAGACCGUACUCUUUCCAACCUUUGGGAUCCUUCGAAAGGUCUCAAGCAAUGGCUAUUGCUCCCUUUCUUAUGCCUAUCGAGAGCCCAACAAGGAACCGCGCUACAACUCCAACAAGGUUGAAGCCCCCGUCUUAUCCUGCACCAGUAACCACAACAUCGCCUAUUCCACCGGAUGGACAUAUUCAAUACCCAGAAUUCAUGUCGCAACACCAGCUCAAGCAAGCCCACCAUCUUGUACGAUCUUCCCUACUUUUCGAACCGGAAUCUUCUCAAUUGUCUACUCAUCAACUUCCUGAUCUUUCUGUGGUUGUCUUGCCGAGUCAGCCGACGUCAUACCCAUACUCUCAGAAUACGACGCGGUCGACUUCUGAUGUUUACUUUGAUUCUGCAACCCCGUAUUCUUCCCUUUCGCGAGUUCGUCAGGCCGUUCCUCCACCUCCAUCCGCUCCCGUACGUCGUAUCGAUGGUGACCGGUACCGGACUGCUGACCAAGACUCUGCACGGAUUACUUGUAAAGCCAGCGAUCCUGUUCAAGUACCCGACCUGAAGAUCGAACUUGCUACGAGAAUGUCUUCCGCAGGUUCCUGUCUAUCUCAUCGCUGAAUAUGGCGCGAAAUCGUGAAACUUUUCGACUGUUGCUUGGAAAGACAAAGAAAAUAAAUUUACUGUCACGGCGCUCUUCAUUCCAAGGCAGCACUUGACAAGCGAUACUUGCACUAUGGACGAGGAAGAGCUCGUCCUGCAAUUCACGGAAGAACUUGAUUACCUUGGGAUGAGCAUGUUUCCUCCGGUCGUCCUGUGUAUCUGCGUCUAACAAUCUUCGUUGGAUUCACACCCAUCCUUCACAAUCUUGUGGGUCCCUAAUUUUAGCACAGAACCUCUU